AAUCUCUCUCCUAGGUUUUGAGUAGAGUAGUUUUGAGGUGUAACAUUCCUUUUCAUCUUGAGCCUUGAGCAUCUCGAGGAAAGAUUGUCCAUUACUGUGUAGUUUUACCUUUUAUCGUCUAUCAUGCCGAAGAAUAAGGGAAAGGGAGGUAAAAACAGGAGGAGAGGUAAAAAUGAGAACGAAACUGAGAAAAGAGAACUCGUUUUCAAGGAAGAUGGACAAGAAUAUGCUCAAGUAACCAAAAUGCUGGGCAACGGUCGACUCGAAGCAAUGUGCUUUGACGGGACAAAAAGACUUUGUCACAUUCGAGGGAAACUUCGGAAAAAAGUCUGGAUUAAUCAAGGUGACAUUAUACUGAUUGGUUUGCGUGACUAUCAAGACGCAAAGGCAGAUGUUAUUCUCAAAUACACAGCCGACGAAGCUCGUAAUCUGAAAACGUAUGGAGAAUUCCCCGAAACUGUACGUAUCAACGACACAGUUACAUUCGUGGAGGAUGGAUUCGACGAAGAUAUUGAGUUCGGCGACGAAAUUAGCGAUGAUGAUGAAGAGGAUGUCGAUAACAUCUGAUCUAACGUCACAACAAUUGAUAGGACCUAAAAAUCGAAUAAAUCUAUCUGUCGUUUGCUGAUGCAAACGGCGGAUCGCAUUAUUCUAUUACUUUCAACGAUUAUUUAUCUCCUUGUAUCUAAAAUAAAUUGUCACAUUUUUUCGGCCAAUAUUCUGUUCUUGUUCGCAUAAAAGCAUUUGAUUUCAGAUAUUUUAACACUGUUCAAUUGUUGUUAAAACUUUGAAAAAUAUUGUAUGCAAUAUCUGUAAAUUUUUUAAAGUAUACAGUCUCUGAAUUCCACGUUUAGAACGUGUGAUAGGGUUAUAGCCAAUUAAUAAUUCAAGUUAGCCUCGCGAAAGAGGACAUAUUGAUGUUUGUGAAAUUAGUUAUAGAAUUUCUGUUACGAGCAUCAAAGCUAGAACUAUGUUCUUUUUGUGCAUUUCGAGAAACUUUAUAGGUCAGUUUUAAGAUAUUAUUUGUUAGGAUUAUAAUAUCUGCAAUAUAAAAUGAAUAUUACAGUGUGUGUUGGAAGUGGAUUGCUUCACAUUACUGGCAUUUAGCUUCAAUUAUAUAAAAAAAAAAACGAAAUAUUCCAUUCUUCUGAAAUGUAAAAUGCAUCGCUAUCUGUAUAGUAGAAUUUUCUCCCUAGAAUUUCAUUAAAUACAUUUUUUUUAACAACUCAAAUA